AUGCUUUCUUCUAUGUCUAUCUGUAAUAAUAAUCGAUUGAUAGCACUCUUAGUUCUGUUGCUGAUACCAAUAGUUCUAGGUUGGGGAAAAGAUGGCCACUAUGCAGUUUGUAAAAUUUCACAGGAGUAUCUUAGUGAAGAUGCUCUUUUUGCAGUGAAACAACUGCUUCCAGAUUCUGCUCAAGGUGAUCUUGCUGCACUUUGCUCUUGGCCUGAUGAAAUUCGCUACCAUUAUCAUUGGAGUAGUGCUUUACAUUAUGUUGAUACACCUGAUUUCAAGUGUAAUUAUCAAUACUGCAGAGAUUGUCAUGAUUCUUAUGGACAUAAGCAUAGAUGUGUUACUGGAGCAAUUCACAAUUAUACAAUGCAAUUGAAAUUAGCUUAUGCUGAUGCUUCAUCUAAAUUAAACUAUAAUUUGACAGAGGCACUUUUGUUCUUGUCACAUUUUGUUGGUGAUGUACAUCAGCCCCUUCAUGUUGGUUUUACCGGAGACCUGGGUGGAAACUCAAUAACAGUUCACUGGUACAGGAGGAAAACAAAUCUUCAUCAUGUAUGGGAUAACAUGAUUAUUGAGUCUGCUCUGAAAACGUUCUAUGCCUCAGAUCUUUCAACUAUGAUACAGGCUAUUCAACGGAAUAUUACUGAUAUUUGGUCAAAUGAUGUAUCUAUUUGGGAACAUUGUGCACACAACUACACAGCAUGUCCAGAUUGGUAUGCUUCUGAGAGCGUUAGCUUGGCAUGCAAGUUUGCGUAUAGGAAUGCUACACCGGGAAGCACUUUGAAAGAUGAAUACUUCCUUUCUCGACUGCCUAUUGUGGAGAAAAGGCUGGCUCAAGGUGGUGUACGACUUGCAGCUAUUCUCAACCGCAUUUUUACUUCCAAGACUGGAAUAGCUCAAGCUUGA